CGGUUUUUGUCGGGGUAGAGAUCUGUCUGCGCGAGCGCCGCCCGCCCAAGCGUCCGGCGUCCGCUUGCGAAAUGCGCAUUCAUGUGACACACUUCGCAGAAUACGGAGGCAACAAAGAUCGAAUAAAUUUUCGUUCAAAUAAAAGUGAAUUAAACAUUAUUCCCUAAACUGUACCGUGGUGAACAAAACAGUGGUUGUUUAAUUUAUUUGUUGAAUAUUUCAAGUUUAUAAAAUGGGUAUGAUUUCUCGAGUGCGCGGGCGCAUUAGGAGUGAUUCUUUCUCGAAGAUUCACACGCUCAAGUCUGAGGACAAACUUGGCAAUAUCGUAUGGCUGCUGUCUUUGGUCCUACUGUUACCAUAUUGGGCGCCUCGAGGGUUACUGGUGGCGCUUGGCGGUGCCUGGCUGAUGGCCGCGUACACAUGUCUGGUGGUGCCUGUCCUCAUCUCAGCCAACUACAAGUACCCAGCGACGUGGUACCCUGCCGUGGUCAAACUCGCUCAAGAAUUAGCAAAGAAGUUGCGAUCACCUGUAUCGCGGGUGAUGGGAGUCAUGAAGACUGCGUAUGCGCCGGUAGAACGCGCUGAAAAACUCUUCCUGCAGAUGAACAAUCUUUCAACUAUGAUUGGACAGUUGCUGAUGUUCACAGCCUGCGACCGCCUGCUAGUCUCCCAAGGCAGACUGACCUGUCUCUACUCCUUGAUGUUCUACAACGUCGUCACUUACUCCGUCAGCUACGUCCGCGAGAUCUGCACCAAGGAGGACUGGUCUCCCUACGUCAACGUCACUCGCCAUUCCCGUGUCAAGCACCUCGCGAUGUCAGCCACGAAGAUAGUCCUGGAGUGGACAAAGGCAGUUACCUUCAUUGUCACCAUCACAUUCGUACUCCUCGCUCUUGGAUUGGAACAAGGACUAGAGCAUUACAAACCCACAGCUUUGUACACAGCCAUAACCGGCACAUACUACCUUCUAACUGAGAGGACGUUCUUGGAACUUUGGCCAAUUGGACUCUCUGCUUUAAAAUUGGAGAGAUUAGAAGGCAUGGAACUGCUGUACUUCGGUGUCUGGGCCAGGGCUAUUACUACAGUCCUAGCCUUGCCCUUAGUGCCAGCUUUAAUAUGGUACGAGAGGUGGAGGUUAUCCGCACUGCUUUUCUACGUGUGUGUCUUCGUUCACGGAAGGCACAGGCUUGGGGAAGCUCUCAUGAAGCUGCAAGAAGCCAGGGGUUCCCUGGCGAGGUUUAGGCGAGCUACUACCGAUGAGCUCGCGACACUUGAGGACGUUUGUGCUGUGUGUCUGGGCACUAUGAAAUCAGCACGAGUGACGCCUUGUGCCCACUUCUUCCACGCAGACUGUUUAAGGAAAUGCCUGGCGAAUUCAGACAGAUGUCCCAUAUGUGUAAGGCCAUACGUGUUUUGCUGACGAACGGCUAUUUACAUUCGGAUAAGACUGCUUAAUAACGAAAUUAAACUCCGCCAUUUCCAAUAAGUGGAAAUGUAUUCGAUAAGGUGAUAAUUGUGAAAGUACGGUUGUUAGUAAGUAGGCAAGCUGUGAAGGGUUUGAACAUGGUUUGGACAUUGUAGUGGUCGACUGUAUAUAAUGUUGUAUUAUUUACAAGUAAUUUAAAGCUUUAGGUGAAUAUUUGCUAAGAAUGCCUAGCAUUGUAUAACAUUAGCCGCCGUACAGGGAGUCAUUUAAUGGUUAUAUACAUAACCCAGUGUUUAGCAAUUGUUAUCGGAACAAAUCGUUGCUAAGAAAUAGUUUAAGUAAUUAUUAAAUGUCUCUGAAUACGGCAGUAAGUGCGUAGUAGAUAAUAUUCCCUCAAUCUAUUCCCAGUUUCGACAGUUUUAAGGGAUUAAGAUUUAUUUGUAUAAAAGUAAAAAGUUUAGUCUCAUUUUGUUUAAUAUCGAUACCUACCUGCUUGGAAUAUAAGUUGUUCACCGUUACACCUAAUUAUUUUAAUGUCCUUAGAUUUUUAAUGGUUCUAGUUGUCGCUUACUGCACUACGGGUUUCGAGAGCUAGCCUUGCUGGCAAGGAGACUAAUUAAAUAUAGAAGGGAAAUAUAUGGAGAUGAUAAAAUGUUGAUAAAUGCUAAUGGCUCAUAGAUCGCGCCAUUUUGUACCCAGAUCUUAGGUAGCCCCACACUUCCUUUGGGUCCAAGUCUGUGUUAAUGUUUUUUUAUAAUAAAUCGAAAGUCCGAAUAAUA